GUCUUGCUAUUGAAUUGAUAGCUGGUGAAAGUCAUUCUGCACCUGACUUUAAUUUUUUUUCUAUUGAUAUCCAACUAACUAUUGAAGGAUUGAAUCAAUGGGAACGAGUUCUUUAUAGUGUUUAUCAAUAUUUGGCUAUGUUACGUAUAGAAGGACCAAAAGAAUGGAUUUUUAAUGAAGGCAAAAAUAUAAAUCAAAUGGAAUUUCAAUUUGAAGAAAAAGGACAGCUACGUUAUAUUGUAUCAAGUUUAGCUGGUAGAACGAGGGAUUAUCCAUGA